AUGCAAAAAUCAAUGUUUCUCUAUUCAGGUCCAGGAACUGGUAAAACAAUGCUUACAUGGUUCCCCCCAAGAAAUGGCUCUUGGCCCAAAAUUACUCAUAAAACUACUAAUGAAAGAAUUAUUACUGGGCAAUUUAAUAAAGAAUUGGAAGGUAAAGUCUUACUUGUUCUUGGAGAAAUGUCUAACUCAAAGUCUGGUGACUGG